GAAUCGAAGAAAAUUCUCUCUCCUCUCUCUCUCUCUCUCUCCCCCUCUCUCUCUCUCUCUAUAUAUAUAUAUGUAUAUCUGUAUCGCUCGUCGAAUCUCCUUGUAGUUCUCGUCUUUGAGUCGCCGGAAAACUCGUGUGGAUCCGCCGGAGAUUUCGGAUUCUCGGACGACUUAGUGCGCGGGUUAGUUGGUGAAUGUAUUAGGGUUUUUACGUGGAAGUUGGAGUUCGAACCCUAGGGUUAUGAAGCAGCGGGAGACCGUACGAUUGGGGUUGAGUUGAUCAACGGUCAGGAUUUCGUCUCCGGAUGGAGGGAGGUAGCGUCUCUAGACUUACUUGUUCUGGGAUAUACCGAUGGAUUAUGAUAACAAUGAUUUUCAAGGCCAGAAUCUUCAAUUAGCUGGUGAAGGGGGCUCCAAACUCUCUCCUGUUCUACGUCCAUAUGCUCUUCCUAAGUUUGAUUUUGACGACGGCCUUCAGGGGCAUCUAAGGUUUGACAGCUUGGUUGAAAACGAGGUUUUUCUUGGCAUAUCAAGUCAAGAAGACAAUCAGUGGAUUGAGGAUUUCUCUCGUGGAAGUAGUGGAAUAGAGUUUAGUUCAAGUGCUGCAGAAUCUUGCUCCAUUUCAAGGCGUAACAAUGUUUGGUCUGAGGCAACAUCAUCUGAAUCUGUUGAAAUGUUAUUGAAAUCUGUUGGGCAGGAAGAGAUUGUCUGCGGAGAAACUAUUGUGGAAGAAUCAGAUGCUUGCCAUGAGUUGGAUAACUUAACUGAGCAAAUGGAGCCUCAUAUGAAGCAAGAUGACAAAGUGACAGAUUUUAUGGAUUCAUAUCCUGCAUUACCAACAGAUGAGCUUGUGGAACAUGUGUCUAGGCUGAAUGAUGUCGAAGGUACUUCCCAAACUCAAGGGGCUGAAAGAUCUACCCAUGGAAGUUCACACGUGUUGGAUCCAAAUGCUUCUAGUGAAACAUGUGGUGUAUUUAUGACUCAGAAUAAUGUUGGAGUUGAUAGAAGAAGUGAUGGUGAAAAUCAAAUUGAAGUUGAUACUUCAGUACAUGAAUCUCUUGACAAUAGAAUGCAAAAAGAUUCUACUGGUUCAGGGAUGCAAAUUGAUGAUGUAGACUCCUCUUCACAGGAUAUUGCUGUAGGUGUUGAGAUGGUCAAUCAGAAACCUGAGAAUCAGGUAAGUGAUGCUAGUUUUGAGAAUGCUAAUUGCUUAUUAACAAACACUGGUAAGGCUGCAGGGGAGCACCAUAUUCUCAGUAAGGAGGUUGAUAUGGAUGCUCAAAUUUUGAAGGGAACUGUAUUUGAAACUGGAACUCGCAAUUUGGAGAACCUUCCGUCUUCUUCUUCAAAGGUAGAAUCCAUAGAACAACAUUCAGUUGAAACUGGUAUCAAUAACUUUGAGGAGCCUACCAGUUUGCCAUUGAAGGGAGUUUGCAACUUACAGAUAGCUGAAGGAUGCAGUGAGGUUAUAUCCUCCACAGACCCUGAUAAGGGCAACAAAUUUGAACAUGUGGAUUUGUCCAACAGCUGUGGAAUUCAUCAGCGGUUUAGGGUAGAUAUGCAUCAGGACUUACCUGCAGGUUUUCAAGGUGAUGGCAAUCUUGAAGGGUGUGCCAUUGAGGUCAGCAACAUGAAUGCGGGAAUUCCUUCUAGUUCAGAGUUAAAGAUGGAUCAGAUAAAACAUGGAGAGAACAGUUCUGGUGCGGACAAUAAAGUUUUUGAUGGCCAUGGUGAUGGAAGCAGCAGCAAUUAUGUGGGAGAUCACUUUAGUUUGACUGUACCAUGCUCUUCAACUGAAUUCCAUGGGGAAAGACAUACAAUUGAAAAUUUAAAAGGCGUUGAUGAUGCUUCUGGAGUUCACAAAGAGGACUUAAAUGCUGAAGGUCAUGGUUCUCUUCCCUUGGUGGCUGGAUCAAUGAAAACAUACGAACAAAAUCUUGUCCCAAACUCUAAUGACAUGCACUAUGACCAAGAUGUUUCUUUCAAUGAGAAAGAGAAGGCCAAGUUGCCUAAUGAUUCUAGUGAUAUAGAAUGUGAGAUUAUUGAAUCUCUUAGCAGUGAUAAGAAGGUUAAACCUUCAUCUCAAGGAGAGGGUAUGAAAGUGAACAAUGUGGUAGUUCAUGGAUCAGAAUGUACCACUGCAAUGAAUGAACCAGCUUUAGAUGUUACUUUGGAAAAUACAAACUUGGCAUCACAUGACACACUGAAUGGUGUUCCCUUGCUUUCUGGGGCAGGUGCUACUGGAGAUCAAGUUAUAGAGCACCUGGAUAAAAACAAAAGGACUGAAGAUGAAGGUUUGGCAGAAGCACAUUUAUUGUCAUUGAGGGAGAGUCCAGAAAGGGCGAGUAACCUACAUGUUUUGGAACUUGAAAAAGGUACUGCUCAUAAUUCUGCUAUAGAAUUAUCAGAAGAGGCUGUUGAUCAGUCAUUGCCAGUGGAGACUUUAAAGUCAGCAAGUCGGAGUGAACAAUCUGGGGAAUUCCUACACAACACAGUUGCUCAGCCAUCACCAAUGGCAGAGAAUUCUAGCAUGGCUAGCCAGAUUGAACAGGCAGUGAAGGCCAAUGAAAUUAGUGAAAACUCUUCGAAUAAGUUGGAAGUUUGUCUUGCUCUUUGUGAUUCAACAGUAAAACAGGAUGGUGGUGCUAAAGGACUAAUUAUCCCCGGAAGCCAUGAAGAAGCAGCUGUAGGAAAAAAUCAUGAAAUGCCAUCCUCAAAAGUUGCAGAUUCUGAUAAACCUAAAUGUGGUACACCAACUGUUAUUACUUGCACUAUGCUUUCUCAAAGUGAAAAAGAAAAGAAAGAGGGAGUCCAGGAGUCAAAAAGUAAGAGUGUCCCACUGUCUGAGGUCACUGUCCAGUCAACUCCCCAGAAUGUAAGCGGAAAUGAUGCAGCCAAAAAUGAGAGGAGCUUCACCUUUGAGGUCCAUCCAUCACAAGGUCUAUCAGGAAGGGAGACUGGCAAGGAUGGGCAAUCAUUGUCCACCAUCAAAGAUUGCAAAAUAUCCACAAUUGUGGUGGGAUCUCCCUUAAAACCUGGAGUUGGCCAAAUGGAUCCUAAGAUGUUACCCGGGGUUUCUCACGGAAGUUCUCAAACUCCUGACCGGGAGAUUGCACGUGGACGUUCCAAAGGUACUUCUGAGCGUAAAACGAGGCGAGCAUCUGGUAAGGCAACAGUGAAAGAAACUGCUAAAAAAGGAAACCAUGUGAAGGAAACAACCCCAUUGAGGCAGUCAGAAAGACAGGAUAAGUCUUGUAAUGUGUCAGUGAGCUUCUCUGGGGCUGGUCAACUUGUACCGUUUGAAGGGUUGAAGGCUUAUGGGAAUGUUGAACGCAAUGUUACUGUACCAUGUGGUGUGAUUUCUGUUCCCACAUCCAUUUUGCCAGAUUUGAACUCUUCAGCUCUGCCAUCUGCAUUGUUUCAACAACCUUUCACAGAUUUACAGCAAGUGCAAUUGCGAGCCCAGAUCUUUGUUUAUGGAUCUCUGAUACAAGGAGCAACGCCUGAUGAAGCAUGUAUGACUUCGGCCUUCGGAGCAUCUGAUGGUGGAAGGAGUGUUUGGGAGCCUGUAUGGCGUGCUUGUGUUGAAAGGCUUAAAAGUCAGAAAUCCCAUCCCAGCAAAUCUGAAAACCCCGUUCAACCUCGUUCAGAAUCAAUAAAUGCAGGUGUUAGGCCGCUUGAUCAAUCAAGCAAACAAGGUGCACUUCAAAGUAAGGUGCUUCCCUCACCUGUUGUUCAAGCAAGCAGCAAGGGUACCCCGUCACCGGUUGUUAAUUCAAUGAUACCUCUUUCAUCACCACUUUGGAAUAUAUCUACCCCUUCUUCUGAUGGCUUGCAGUCCAGUGUUAUGCCAAGAAGCGGUCUUCUUGAUUACCAUCAAACAUUGUCCCCCUUGCAUUCUUUUCAGACUCCACAUACACGGAGUUUUGUUGGACAUAACACUUCUUGGCUACCUCAGUCACCUUUUCCUGGCCCAUGGGUUACUUCUUCACAAGCUUCUGCCUUCGAUACCAGUGCUCGUUUCUCUGUGUUGCCUAUGACAGAGACAGUGAAAUUAACCCCUGUUAAAGAAUCAGUGGCGCCUUUCUCCUCUGGAACAAAGCAUGCUUCUCCUAGUACUGUGGUCAAUAGCACAGGUCCUGUUAAUUUUGUGGGGAGUCCUUCCCUGCCUGACAUGAAAAAGGCGACUGUAUUGUCUGAAAAGAAUUCCACUGAACCAAAGGGUAGAAAGAGGAAAAAGGCUACUGUUUCUGAAAAUCUUGCCCAGAUCCCACUGCUUGCUCAAACUCGGAUAGAAUCAGUAUCUGCUCCUAUUGCUACUGGUCAUCUGUCUACAUCAGUUGUUGUCUCAACUCCUGCAUGCUUUGCAUCUAAAGGCAAUGACAGUAAGAUCAUCACGGCUGUAUCUCCUACAUCUUUGACUGCUCACCAAAAAGGAGGGGAACAGAAUGCAGAGCAGAAGGCUGCAUUAUCAGAGGAUACUUUUAGCAAAGUGGAGGAGGCGAAGCGACAGGCGGAGGAUGCUGCAUCUUUUGCUGCUGCUGCAGUUAGUCACAGCCAAAGUGUAUGGACUCAGUUGGAUAAGCAGAAGAGUUCUGGAUUGACUCCAGAUGCUGAAGCCAAGUUAGCUUCUGCAGCUGUUGCAGUAGCAGCAGCUGCUUCUGUUGCCAAGGCAGCUGCUGCAGCUGCUAAGAUUGCAUCAAAUGCUGCGCUGCAAGCAAAACUGAUGGCUGAUGAGGCAUUGAUCUCUAGUAGCAAUCCUACUCAGUGUAAUGCAGCUUCACUUACUGGUUUUGUGAACAAUAUGGGGAAGGCUACUCCUGCAUCCAUUUCGAAGGGAGGGGAUGGGAGCAGCUCUUCCAGUUCCGUCAUAGUUGCUGCUAGGGAAGCUGCUAGGAGAAGGGUUGAAGCUGCAUCAGCUGCCUCAAAGCAUGCCGAAAACUUGGACGCUAUAGUAAAAGCUGCUGAGCUGGCAGCAGAGGCUGUUUCACAAGCUGGGAAAAUAGUUGCUAUGGGUGAUCCUUUCCCUUUGAAUGGGUUGGUAAAAGCUGGCCCAGAUGGCUACUGGCGAGUUCCUCAAAUGCCCCCUGAGCAGGGUGUAACAUUGAUCAAUGGUAAUGGAGAACAAUCGGAAGCAGACAACAUUGAGGAAGGCUUCAAUGUUUCUGGUAGGCAUGGCAAGGAAGGACCAUCAAAGGAGGCAAGGACUACAAACCGUGAUUUGUUUCCUCUUUCGAGAGAGUUUUCCGGGGAGUCAUUGGAGGAUCACACGAGGGCAGUGGAUGGCAUCUCAAGUUCCUUUACAAGCAGUGAAAAGGAUUCAAGAGGGCAAAGGAAUCGUAGAGCAUCUGACUUAGCCAAAACCAUAGGUGUUGUUCCUGAAUCUGAGAUUGGAUCAAGAUCUGCUUCUAUCACUGCUCAGGAUGAUUAUGAAAAAGGAGCAGGGACUUUGAAAGAGAAUAGCAUCAAGGAGGGUUGCCUUGUUGAGGUUCACAAAGAGGGUGAUGAGUUUAAAGCAGCCUGGUACUUGGCCAAUGUAUCGAGUCUGAAGGAUGGAAAAGCUUUUGUUGUUUACUUAGACCUUCAAUCAGAUGAUGGUUCAAAGCAGCUAACUGAAUGGGUAGCACUUGAAGGCGAAGGCCACAGGGCACCCCAAAUACGAAUUGACCGUCGUACUGCCAUGUGUUUUGAAGGAACUAGGAAGAGACGCAGAGCGGCCGUGGGGGAAUAUGUGUGGUCUGUUGGAGAUAGGGUUGAUGCAUGGAUAAAGAAUUGCUGGCGAGAGGGAGUUGUCACAGAAAAGAACAGUAAGGAUGAUACUACACUAACUGUCCAUUUUCCAGCUGGAGGGGAAACGUCGGUUGUUAGAGCGUGGCAUCUACGACCAACGCUCAUUUGGAAGGAUGGGGAGUGGAUUGAGUUUUCCAGUUCAAGGCAAAGGGACCCUUCUUCCCAGGGCGAUACACCCCAGGAGAAGCGAUUGAAAUUGGGCAGGCCUUCAAUAGAGGGCAAAGAGAAGGAUGACAUCUCAAAAAAUGUUGAACUUGUGGAAUCCGAGAAACCGGGGGAUUCACAGUUACUGCCGUUAUCUGCCAAUGAAAAAGUAUUUAAUGUUGGUAAGAAUACUAGACAUGAGAGUAAGCCUGAUACACUUCGAACAGUACAGACUGGUCUACAGAAAGAAGGGUCAAGGGUGGUUUUUGGUGUUCCUAAACCUGGAAAGAAAAGGAAAUUUAUGGAAGUAAGCAAACAUUAUGUUGCAGAGAAGAGCAGUAAGACUAAUGAACCAAAUGAUUCGGCUAAAUUUGCAAAAUAUUUGAUGCCUCAAGGAUCAGGAUCUCGUGGAUGGAAGAACACUAAAAUUGAUGCCAAGGAAAAACAGCCAGCUGAAUCCAAGGCUAGGGUUCUUAAGUCUGGAAGACCACUGAGUGUUUUUGGUAGAACACUACCUCAGAAGAACAAGUUUUUGACCUCUGCACCUCAAAACGAAGGCACUGUAAUGGAUCAUGCGAUCAAGGAUUCUGUUAACACUGACAAGAAUGAAUCAGGACAGCAGAACCUGAUGGAAUAUGGAUCAUUUUCUAAUACUGAAGGGGCUGCACAAGGCCCGAUUUUAUUUUCUUCACUAGCUCUUCCAUCAGAUGCUCCUUCAAAGAAAAUAUCCACAUCAAAUGCCAAAUCUGAACGGGUGAAUAAAGGAAAAUUUGUACCUUCAACAGGAAAGUUGGCUAAAGUUGAGGUGAAGAACAAACCUAACAAUGGUAAUCCGGGAAAAUUGGUUCCUGAAGUCAUGGAGCCACGGAGAUCAAACCGCAGAAUCCAGCCAACAUCAAGGCUAUUAGAAGGAUUGCAAAGCUCGCUGAUGAUCUCGAAGAUUCCUUCUGUUUCACAAGAUAAAACUCAGAGAAGCCAGAACAAGGGUAGUACUUCUAGAAGGGAAUAACCAUAGUUGACAGGAGUGCUUCCAAAAUGAUGGGAUUGAAACUCUCAAAAAAUUCAAUGAAUAUUUGGAUGAACAGAAGAUGUAGCAGUGUCCGUGUAUAUUUAUUGUAGAAGAGAAAAAACUAGGAAUGGAAAUUGUCGCUGAAGGUUCAGCUGUAAAAUUUAGUUAGCAGAUGUUUAUAUUGAUUUUUCGUUUAAUACAGAACUAUGAUGUGAUGAUCUCCCUAGGGUUCACUAUAAAUAGGUUUGUAGAUGGAAAAUCUCCCAUCUGGUUGGAUUAAAAUUGCAGAGUUUUUCAGAUUUAUCUAUCAUAACAUUUUGCUGCUUCAAUUGAUCGUAUAGGCUUUAAUGGUGUU